AGCAAAUGAGAAACAUGGGAUGGCACUAAACGUAUCUCUGGCGCGGAGCGUCCAUGAGGUGAGUGAGAGAAGCGCUCGGAGAGGCAGCACGCACGAAAGGGGCAGAUGGCGCAAGGCACCCUCCGCUGGGUUUGAUAUGGGAUAUGGGAUUUACGACGGUGAAGAUUUCAAGAUUUUGUGCAUUUAUUGCAUUAGUGUCCCUGGCUGUGGCAAGAGUCUCAGCGGCAGAUGUGAAGUGUGAGAAUAUUUACAGGGACUUCUCUGACUGUGUUCUGGAGUUGGGGGAGAGCAUGGAUAACUACCAAGAGAAUGUGACUAGCGAGAUGGGAGUGGAAGCUGUGUGCAGCCACUGGGAGGCGUUCCACACGUGUGCCCUGACGGCACUGUCCGGGUGUCAGGAGGAGGUGGGCUCCAUCUGGGAGACCCUGAAAGAAGACUCCAGGAAGAUCCGCUUCCAGGGCAGCCUCUUCGACCUGUGCAGCCCCAGCUCGGCUCCCAGCCUGCGCUCGCUUCUAUCCCCUCUACCCCUGCUGCUCCUAGGCUUGCUGAUCCUGGGAAGGCCCAUCUGGCCAUCCACAUAGGUGGGGGAUGCCUCCCUCCUCCUUGCUUCCAACCCCAUGCACUCUCACAUUCCCCGGGGUGGCCGGCUGCAUCCUGAGCACAUCUGAAAACUGAAGCCAAGGAUUGGGGGGGGGGGGGGG